AUGGCCCACGUCACUGACUCCGUUCCCACCCCGUUGAAAGGCCACACAACUCGAGAUGUUAGCAGCGCAGAAGAGGCAGCGGUAACUCCUAUAUCCGAAGCGAAAAAGACCUCUGAGAGCCCUCGAGUCGAAAAGAGCAAUGGCCAAACUACGCCUAAGCGAACUCUUCGCAGUACCAAGUCUACCCAGACCACUCUGAGCAAAGACACAACAGUCAAAUCUGUCGAAAUGACGGCUGUAUCAGAAGAAUCAGACUUAUCUGCAUCGGCGACAAGCAGCGAUGAAGGGGUUGCUGCAAGGUCAGCGUCCGGGACUGAGGAGAACUCUCGCGUAGACCGCAAGGCCAAACCAUUCGUCACCUCUUCGAAAGACCCUCGCGCCGUUGCUCAGGAACAUUCGUCACAUGGCAAGAAGCGCGCGGCAGAAGACAAGAAAGGCGGUCGAGCGAAGCGUCAAGUACGAUCAUCCCAGGAGCUGGGUCUGACCUAUAACAGCAUCAAGGCAAUCAACAUGCCGCCGCGUGAUCUCGUGGCCGGCCAAGACCCUCCAGCUCCCACACCCGGUGCAUCUCCCUAUGGUGACACAGAAGAUCACCAGAACAGUAUGAUUAUCUACUUGCUAGAUGACUUGGAGCACACAUACUCGCAGGCGACUAUCUUGUACAACAAGGCAUUCCCAAACGAUACAGUGACGGAUGAAGCUGUACGUCGCCGCCAUAUUCGGUCUCUCGAGCGCUUACAGAAGCGCUACGGUGCAAGGCCUGCUACGCAGAUUGGCGUAGUCGGCAGGAACAUCUCGAGACGUGGAAGGCCGCGUGCGCCCCGUCUAAGUGGUAUUCAGCCCGAGAAGGACUUGGUUGCUCCCUCCGAGGAGCAGACCGAAGGCGAAGGCGAAGGCGAAGGCGAAGUCUCGGCCCUCGAAGAGACUUCGGCGGAUACAUCGAUUGCUUCUUCGAAGGGUGGCUCGGUCAAAGCCAUGAAGCAGGCUCAGCGCGAGAAGCGGAACUACAAGAGCCACGAGUUUGACAAGGCCUGCAUUGUUGUUUGGCACGAUGCUGAAGGCAUGUCGUUCAAGGACAUCCGCAACAAGCUCGAGGAGCGUGGAUGGUCCCUUGGCGUGCCCACGGUCAAGAAGGAGUAUGCGAAAGCUCGUGCUCGCAUCUGGGGCACGUCACCAGAACCUGCCGCUGACGAUACUAAAGAAGGUCAUGGAGAAGUGAUCGAAGAUGAAGAAGACGGAGACGUGAACAUGGAGGAGGAAUCAGUUGAGCAGGAGGAGAUGUGA